AAUGGCUGGUGGUCACAAUCAUAAUGCGGUCCAUAUGGAUCCCGCACUGGUCAAAUGGAACCAAAUGACCGUCAACCGACACAAAUACUUCCGCUGGACACCCCGAACAGCCUGGAUCACGUUCGCCUACGUUGUCGUCGUGCCGGGUCUCUUUGGUAUCGCUGGAUAUAUGACCGAUGUAAGCUCUAUCGCUUGGCUGGCCGCGUUGGCAAUGAAGAUCCAAACAGUUAAUGUGUUUGUAAGGGCAAAUGGGAGAUGCGUGGGAAGAGAAGAGGAGAUCUCAUCUCUGAGUUCUAAGCUUUCGUGGCUGGGGCAUGAGAUGGAAACCAAGACCGAGAAUCUUUUUCUGCAAUUGGGGGAACUGGGUUGCGUAUAUCUAGGAAUUCAGUACUCCUCGAACGACCAAUUACCCGCGCAGAGACAACGUGUGGAACUGGGAGUGAUGACAUUGAGUUGACUAUUUACCUUGGUACCAUUGAUGGAACCCUUUGAUUCUGCGAUUUUGCUACCCGAUACGGCUUUACUGUAUCCAUCUUGUAAAACAGCUAUGGAUGAGCGCUGAACAGCAACCCUCUCCAUCACUCGUGGAUUAGACAUCACCUCGAUCUUCCCACCAUCACCUUUCGUAUUGGCUUUGGGCUCUGCCAUGCAUGAUAUAAUUAUAUCUCCCAAUGCACGUUCGUCUUCACUUCUGGGUCGGGUUAAUCCGCUGUUGAAUAACGCGUAAUCAAGCACCAAGACCGUAGAUUGAGCGGUAUCUCUGAAAAUCCAAUUGCCUGGGUAAUAUGAAUAAUCGUGAUCAUCUGAGGAGUCAAAUACAGAACCUGACACGAUAUAUACACGGCUUCUCACUUGGUCCUUCCGGCUUGUGUAGAUACUGCUAGUGCGAUCACU